GAGAGAGAGAGAGAGAGAGAGAGAGAGAGGCAGUGGUGGUCAGUUUUAUUGGAGUUUUGUGUGAAGAAUCACCCCCACCUUGCACAAAGCUACUUCGUUUUCAUUUUGGGGCUUCAGUUUGAGACAACUCAGUGUUGCUCAAUGUGCUUCCUCUCUAAUUGAAACUGCACUACUGCGUCGUUUCUGUAGUUCGCUCUCUCUGUGUGUUUGUGACAAAGAGAGAUAAAAGAGCUCUGCUUUGAUUUUGAGCUGUUAGGGUCUUUGAAUUUGCAAAAUGGGUUUUGCUCAGUUUCGCAGAGGGAGGUCUAGGAUAGCCGAAGCAGUGCUGGUUUGCUUAUGGGGUUUGUUGUUCAUCUCUUUGUCCUGUGAGGCCAGAUUAACUGCUUCAUCAAAACAGAAGCUUGAGGUUCAGAAGCACCUCAACCGUUUGAACAAGCCUGCUGUGAAAAGCAUCAAGAGCCCAGAUGGGGAUAUAAUAGACUGUGUUCCCAUCUCUCAGCAACCUGCUUUUGAUCACCCUUAUCUCAAAGACCACAAAAUUCAGUUGAGGCCUAACUACCACCCAGAAGGCUUAUUUCAAGAAAACAAAGUAACUGAUAAACCGAAAGAAAGACCAAACACCCAGCUGUGGCAUGUGAACGGUAGAUGCCCUGAAGAUACCAUACCCGUGAGGAGGACGAAGAAAGAUGAUAUUUUGAGGGCAAGCUCAGUCAAAAGAUAUGGUAGGAAGAAGCAGAAAACCAUUCCCAAGUCUGCAGACCCUGAUCUUGUCAAUGAGAGUGGUCAUCAGCAUGCAAUUGCAUAUGUGAAUGGGGACAAGUAUUAUGGAGCAAAAGCAACCAUCAAUGUAUGGGAGCCCAAGAUUCAACAGCCUAAUGAGUUCAGCUUGUCUCAGCUUUGGAUUUUAGGAGGCUCUUUUGGUGAAGACCUGAACAGCAUUGAAGCUGGUUGGCAGGUCAGCCCAGACCUCUAUGGUGACAACAACACCAGACUGUUUACGUACUGGACUAGUGAUGCAUAUCAAGCCACUGGUUGCUACAAUCUCUUGUGCUCAGGCUUUAUUCAAAUCAACAGUGAAAUAGCAAUGGGUGCAAGCAUCUCUCCUGUGUCGAGCUACCGGACUUCCCAAUACGAUAUCAGUAUUCUUGUCUGGAAGGAUCCGAAGGAGGGACAUUGGUGGAUGCAGUUCGGCAAUGACUAUGUGUUGGGUUAUUGGCCUUCUUUCCUGUUCUCGUACUUGGCCGACAGUGCUUCCAUGAUUGAAUGGGGAGGUGAGGUUGUAAAUUCAGAGCCAGACGGCCGCCACACCUCAACGCAAAUGGGCAGCGGGCGUUUCCCGGAGGAGGGUUUUGGAAAAUCAAGUUAUUUCAGGAACAUUCAAGUUGUUGAUAGCUCCAAUAAUCUCAAGGCCCCCAAAGGAUUAGGCACCUUCACAGAGCAGUCAAACUGCUAUGAUGUUCAGACAGGAAGUAAUGGGGAUUGGGGUCACUACUUUUACUAUGGAGGACCAGGUAGAAACUCAAAUUGCCCAUGAAGUAGUAGUUAAAAAGGAAACCCAUUUUCACCCUCCCCCAAUGUGUAUCAUUCAUUCUAGUGUAAUACCCUUUUCUCUCUUCUCCUCGUUGUAUACCCCUUUUCACUCUUAGGUUGGGCUUGUGGCUGGUCUGGUAGUAAAUCAUGUGAUUGUCCUUUUUUUCUCUCUAGUGGCAAGUUUUGACUCUUUGUGUUUUAGUAAAAGAAUCUCUCCAUGCAUGUAAGUGGGUGGGAUGUGAAGGAAGGAAGGAAGGAAGGAAGUGACCAAGUUUCUCAAAAGCCUAAAGAAACAGGCCCUUUUCUGCUUUAUAACUCCAGCUCUGUACUCUAUUUGUUUGUACACUCCUUGAUCUCCUUGGAGUUGCUUGUUAGUCGAUGAAUGAAUGUAAUCAGUUUCUUUC